AUGACCAGAACUUUAACACGCGAGAACCUGCCGCCGCAAGUGGCGCAGCGCGUAGCCCGCGAGCUCCGGAAGCUGGUGCUGCAGCCUCUGGACGGUAUUCGGUACCUCCCGCAGGACGAGGAGCAGCUGAGCGAGAUCCACGCGGAAAUCCGUGGACCGGAGGACACGCCCUACGAGGGCGGCUACUUCACGGUCAAGCUCACGCUCACCGAGAGCUUCCCGGAGCAGCCUCCGCGCGGCGUGUUCCUGACCAAGAUCUUCCACCCGAACGUGUCGCAGCCGGCGGGGGACAUUUGCGUCAACACGCUCAAGAAGGACUGGAAGCCGACGCUCGGCCUCGCCCACGUGCUGCAGGUGGUGCGCUGCCUGCUGAUCGUCCCGUUCCCGGAGUCGUCGCUGAAUGACGAGGCCGGCAAGCUGUUCCUGGACAGCUACGACGAGUACGCGCGCCGUGCGAAGCUGUGGACGAAUAUCCACGCGCCCAAGAGAUCAGCCGUGGCCAGUGAGGAGUCUGGGGAUACGAGUGGAGAGGAUGAGAAGAAGGACAAGCCGACGGCGAAUGAGGAUGGGGACAAGACGCAGCACAAGCGACCGGCUGAAGAUGCGCCGAAUGCGGAGGCUGAGAAGGACGCGGCACUGUCCACGCCCGUGAAGAAGAAGACCAAGACGAGCGCGGACGUGGAAGCCUCGCUCAAGAAGAAGAAGGCCAACAAGAAGAAAGGAAUCAAGCGACUGUAG